GGAGCAAGUUCAGAUAACUGAAUCAUAAGUAGAUCAUCAUCGUCGGAGCAGGUUUAGGUGGUCUCGGUGCAGCCAUCUCACUCUUGUUGGCUGGCCACAAUGUACACGUCCUGGAAAGUGCCUCAAAAAUCGCCGAAGUCGGUGCAGGCAUCCAGGUACUGCCCAACAGCUCUCGCGUACUUAUCCAAUGGGGUCUGGAGGAGAGACUUCUUCGCCAUGCCACCUUUCCAGAUGAGUGUAUGAUGCUGGGUUGGAAGGGCGAGAGACUGUCUUCGAUGAACUUUGAGGACGCUACCGCAGAGUAUGGUAGCCCCUUCUGGGACUUCCACCGCGCCGACUUGCACAAAGCUUUACUGGACCGAGCCCAAGAACUUGGAGCUAGCUUUUCCAUCAACGCCAGGGUCAUUGAUAUCAAGUAUGAAGAAGACGGCAAAGAUACAGCUACCGUCUUGUUGAAGUCUGGUAAGCGUAUGGUUGCUGAUCUUGUUGUUGGUGCCGACGGCAUAUUCUCCACGUGUCGUGAGCUCUUGCUCGGCACGUCGAGUCCUCCUACACCAACCGGCGACCUUGCAUAUCGUGUUCUUCUCGACACCAAAGCCAUGAAGGAUGAUCCGGAGCUGGCACCACUUCUCCAAAAGCCGCAUAAGGUCCGAUACUGGAUGGGUCCGAAAGCUCAUGCGGUCAACUAUGUUCUUCGGGAUGGCGAGCUUUUCAACAUGGUGCUACUCGUUCCUGAUGACAUGCCAGCCGACGCCACAACUCUGGACGGCAACGUAGAAGAGAUGAUCGAGCUGUACAAAGAUUGGGACCCGCGGAUACCGAAGCUGCUUGCGCUGUGUCAGUCCGUACAGAAGUGGAAGUUAUGUUUCCGAGCCGGCCUGGAGUCAUCAUGGUCUAAUGAAGACGCGACAUUCGUCCUCCUCGGAGAUUGCGUGCACGCUACUUUGCCGUAUCUGGCAUCAGGAGCCGGCAUGUCACUAGAAGAUGGCGCAGCACUCGGUUUCUGCUUGAGUAAGAUCAAGGGCCGCUCAUGUCAGGAAAAGAAAAAGGCCUUGGAAGUGUACGAAAAUUGCAGACGUUUCCGAACCGAAAGUAUCGUAGAGAGGGGCAACCUUCAGCAAGAGCUAUAUCACUUCGAGGACGGUCCCGAACAGCAAGCUCGAGACGACAGAUUUCGCCUGUUCGAGAAGCUAGAGGCAGAGGUUAUGGCCAAUGGUGUUGCGAAUGUCGAGUUACCGGUGGAAAUGAAGGAGGGUGAUGAUCCAUUAGCUUGGAGAAGAAAUGGCGUCGGGAGUUGGUUGAUGUCGUUUGACUGUCAGCGUGAUGUCGAGCGUCGAUGGCCGGCAGAGGUGGACGUAGCUUCUGCUCCGGAUUUGAGAGCUCAGCUUUGAAGUGGCACUUCAAGGACACAUAGCUUAAUUCAUGGCUUUCCCCAGGCUAUGUUCCAGCUUGCAUUCGUAGCAAUGUGUGAUUGAUACCCCGGCGGUGAAAGCCGACAGCAAAGAGCUUGCUCUCGCUCGAGGUAUGCCGCGGCAGCGUGGACAUCUCACCAUAUCAUGGUCAGUAGUAUG